ACAACAAACGACUUUAUGAAGUACUACCCCGGCGCAAGAAACCAAUCUGAUGCCUACUCCCUCCUGGGCAUGCGCAGUGUGUGCAGAGCGGUGGCCACUGUAGGAAUGAUGGCGUCCUCGGUAGCUCGCUGUUCCUCACGCUGGAUUACUGUCGUCGUGUCCUCUGGAUGUCAGAGGGCUGCCGGUUCCGUUAUCUCCUUUGACCAUGGAGGAGUCCGACGGUUCUCGACACUGGGAGGAGAAAAACUAUGGCGAGGGGGAAGCAUGGGGUGCAACGGAGCUGGGAAAGCGUUGACAUUGAGAGGGCUGUCAGGCCUCAAAUCACCACAUGUAGUCUACACCCUGUCCUUUCACUCAAGUGCCUCAUCCAGCAGCAAGCAGGACUACUACCAGAUUCUAGGGGUACCUCGCACAGCAACCCAGAAAGAAAUCAAGAAAGCUUAUUACCAGAUGGCAAAAAAAUACCACCCCGACACCAACAAAGAUGAUCCACAAGCUAAGGAAAAAUUUGCUCAGCUGGCUGAAGCAUAUGAGAUUCUUAGUGAUGACGGGAAGAGGAAGCAAUAUGACAUAUACGGCUCAACAGGCUUUGACGCUGGUCAGGCAGGCGGUGGAGGAGGGCAGCACUACUGGACUGGACAUGCCAGCAACGUGGACCCAGAAGAGCUUUUCCGCAAAAUCUUUGGAGAAUUCUCAGGAGGCCGCGGCUUUGGAGACUUUAACGCCAUAUUUGAUCAGCCACAAGAGUACUUCAUGGAGCUAACAUUCACUCAGGCAGCAAAAGGAGUCAACAAAGAGAUAACUGUUAACAUAGAAACAACUUGCCAACGUUGCGAUGGUAAGGGUCAUGAGCCAGGCACUAAAGUUCAACACUGCCACCACUGCAACGGUUCCGGCAUGGAAACAGUAAAUACAGGCCCAUUUGUGAUGCGCUCUACAUGUCGUCGCUGUGGUGGCAAAGGCACAGUCAUUUCCACCCCCUGUAACUCUUGCCGUGGUACUGGACAGACCAAGCAGAGGAAGACUGUGAUGGUUCCUGUGCCUGCAGGAGUGGAGGAUGGUCAGACAGUCAGAAUGCCAGUUGGAAAGAAGGAGAUCUUUAUCACAUUUCGGGUCCAAAAAAGCCCAGUUUUCAGAAGGGACGGUGCAGACAUCCACUCUGAUGUUUAUGUCUCUGUAGCCCAAGCCAUCCUGGGUGGCACAGCUAGAGCACAAGGCCUUUAUGAAACACUCAAUUUAACAAUCCCAACAGGAAUCCAGACAGACCACAGGAUCCGCCUGGCAGGGAAAGGAAUUGCUCGAGUCAGUGGCUAUGGCUUUGGAGAUCACUACAUCCAUGUCAAAAUAAAAAUACCCAAGACGCUGACAGACAGGCAGAGAGCUCUGUUGAUGAGCUACGCUGAAGACGAGUCAGACGUAGAGGGGACAGUCAAUGGUGUUACUGCCACCAACACCGGUGGGGGCAGCAGUUGUAAACAGUCUGAGGUAGAGCAAAGUGGGCAUGACCAGGAGGAGGCAGAGUUGCAAGAACAGGGGGGAUUCCUCUCCAAAUUAAAGAAAUUAUUUAGUUCUUCCUGACAGCCACAAACCAGGUAAAAGAUCUUCCUGGAACUGAGGACUCAUCAGCAGGUCAGAUUGCAGAGAAGAAAGUGUAAAGCACGAGCAGCCACUUCACAAAGAAAAUGACAGAAAUAAAGACUGUUGGAUGUUUGUUGCGGCUUGCAAAGGAGUUAUUUGGAAGAACGACCUACUUAGUCAACCCUGAAUUUAAAAAGCCACUGGAUUAUCCUCUCUACUCCUGUGUCUAAAUGGAUCCACAGACAAAAACAUCUGUUGGCCACUGCAUAAAAAAUAUUCAUGGAAAAAAAUUGGGGCUCCAAGGACAUUCUUAUAGCACCCAGGGCAUGUUGGCCUCUGGUGAUUCCCAAAAAGAAAAAUGGUAAUAGAGUCCACAUUUCAAAAAUAAGUUGUACUGGCAUCAAAUAUUCAAUAAAGGUUUAUUUAGGAUUAAAUGAUCUUAUGAAUUGUGUUGCCUUUUCAGGCUUACAUUUCUCUUAAGAGCACCUCAGUCCUUAAAGGUUAAACAGUCAAAUUACAUGUUUACAUUCUGCAUAGAUUUCAGUCUUGACGGUGUCUGCAGUCGAUAGUUACUUUCCUGAACUGUGAGGAUCAAUUACUCCGGUCUGUCCCUCUUUAAACCCUUGCAUUAUAGGAGAAACAGAUUUUAAACACAUUUGUACAUGAACAGCUGUAGAAUAUGCAUUUAUUCAUGGAUUAGAAGCAAAUUGUACAGCAACAAUAAAAGUUUUGUUCUG